AGUUCUCCAGCCCGCCUCUCCCGCGGAGGUGAAGCCUGGGACGCUGCGUGUCUCCGCCCCGCAGUGCUGCUAGGGGGUGUGCUUUGGGGGCAUAAGGGAUAACUGAAUAAGUGGAGGGCCCAGGGUCGUACCGCGCUCUGCCCUUCCCUAGCUUCUAGGCACCAAGCCUGCACAAGCCCAAGGGUGAUUUUUCCUUGGGCCCAAUAUGAUACUAACCAAAGCCCAGUACGAGGAGAUAGCCCAGUGCCUAGUGUCUGUACCGCCCACUAGGCAGAGCCUGAGGAAGCUGAAGCAGAGGUUCCCCAGUCAAUCGCAGGCCACUCUGCUGAGCAUCUUCUCCCAGGAGUACCAGAAACAUAUUAAAAGAACACAUGCCAAACAUCACACUCCAGAAGCGAUUGAAAGUUAUUACCAGAGGUACCUGAAUGGCGUGGGGAAAAAUGGAGCAGCCCCCGUGCUUUUGGAGCUGGCCAAUGAGGUGGACUAUGCACCCUCAUUAAUGGCUCGGAUUAUCCUGGAGCGGUUUCUACAGGGGCAUGAACAGACUCCGCCCUCCAAGUCUGUUAUAAACAGUAUGCUGCGGGACCCUUCUCAGAUUCCAGAUGGAGUUCUAGCAAACCAGGUCUAUCAGUGCAUCGUGAACGACUGCUGCUAUGGACCGCUGGUGGACUGCAUCAAGCAUGCUAUUGGCUAUGAGCAUGAAGUCCUGCUGAGAGACUUGCUUCUGAAGAAAAACCUGUCAUUCCUAGAUGAGGAUCAGCUCCGUGCAAAGGGCUAUGACAAAACCCCAGACUUCAUUUUACAGGUGCCAGUUGCUGUGGAAGGGCACAUAAUUCACUGGAUUGAAAGCAAAGCCUCAUUUGGUGAUGAAUGUAGCCACCACGCCUACCUGCAUGGCCAAUUCUGGAGCUACUGGAAUAGGUUUGGACCAGGCCUGGUCAUCUAUUGGUAUGGAUUUAUCCAGGAACUGGACUGCAACCGGGAAAGAGGCAUCCUGCUCAAAGCCUCAUUCCCCACAGACAUCGUCACCUUAUGCCAUAGCACAGCUUGACCCUGAAGAUCCUGGAAGAGAAGCCGGAAGCAAUGUUACUUUCCUGCAGUAUAAACUGCUGGCAACAUCUGCCCUGAACUUCAGCUGACCCCUUGCUGCUGCCGUCGCAGCCCUACCUCUCUAGACAAACAUAUCAAGGGUUUCUGUUUUCCUUCAUCCCUGGAUGAUGUGAAUAGCCAAGAACUACAGACACAACCCAUUCAUUAUCAGCAUUUCUGUCUCUGACAAACAGUUAGUUCAUAGAUAGUCAUAAUCGUACCUCCUCUCGAAUGCUUUCUCCUUGUAUACUGAACACAAGAGAAAGUAUGGAGACUGAAAGGUGCGAGUUUUCACUUCUCCUCCUCCCUGGGAUCAAAUAUUUUGUCUUCUAACCCUCCAUUCAUAUUCAUUCAUUCUCUCUCUCUCUCUAUCUCUCUCUCCCCCUCCCUCCCUCCCUCUCUCCCUCCCCUCCCCUUCCCUUCCCUUCCCUUUCUCUCCUUCCCUUUCUCCCCCCCCCACCCCCACCCUGGUCCCUUGGCGGGUACACUGGUACUGAGUGUUGCAUUACCGGGGAAUAGCCUAGCGCAAACCUAGACAAGCUGGAGGCAGGAAGUCCAUAAGUAAGUGUUCCUUCUCACCUGGGGCUCAGCAGAGCUCGCCAAGAGCCUUUCUGUGGAGCCUGGUGGCCUCCUGACUUCUGUGGCAUUCAGCCAAGCUGCACAAGUCCCCCUCGAUGAGAAUUUCCUCUUUUCAUAAAGUUGAUGUGAACACCAAACCCUUCACACUGACCUCCCCUUCAAGUAUGAGUUGCCAUUGUGUCUGGAAAACCAUGCUCCUCUGGCUGGGGGCUGCGGCAGAAAACUGAACCCUUGCUUCUUGUCUACAGUGGCUCUCUAAAGCAGACUGCCGGCCGGCACAACCUUAGCAGCUAUCUUUAUGAGAUUUUUUAAGUACAUUCAUACAUACUACUUUGAGUCUGCAUUUAUACCACAUAAUUAAUACUCAAAUGAUUUAGACAUUAUAAAUAGUCAGCUUUGAAUGAAUUAAGUGUACCAGAAAACUCCUUGAGUGAUUUUUAAAUAAGCGAUAUAAAAGAGAUCUUGUAUUUAUUCACUUUAAUUUCUUCAGUUUUAUAUACUGCAGGCCAGGCUUCAGUCAAGGGCAAAACAUCAAUAAAAUAAUUAUAAACUAUCUUUUGGGGAAUUAAAAACUAAUCUGUAUCUCCCCCCCAAAAAAAUGUGUUUUGUAGGAAAAAAAUUCCCCUCACACUUGUAAAAUAUAACUUGAAUAAUGUUGAAUAGUUUUUAGAAAUAAAAACAUGACUCUUAGAAACAAACACCUUAACUCAUACAUUGGUCGGAUCCUUUUGUACCUGGUUAGUGAAAAACUUGGUCUGUUGCCUUCCUCCCAAGAAUCACAAGACAGGAUUUUAAGCUUUCCUGCGAGUGUGCAGGAAAUCACCGGAGAGAAGGUAGAGUUACGGGUAGGGCGGCAUCAGGCAAACCCCUGUCUCCACCUAGAGUACAGCGUGCAGGUUUGUUGUAUGAAAUAGAGAGAUGAUUAGAGACUGCUACUACAUUGCCUUUAUAUGCAGUUUAAAGAAAAAUAUUAAAAUCUGGUUUCAUGGCAUGCCCUAAGCUACCAGUUUGGUUUGUUUGGGUUUG